CUUCUUCUCAUUUUUUUCUUUUUUUUCCUCUUUUUCCCAUUUCUCUAUCCUCCUCUUCCUCGUGUUUCCAUUCGAUUCCGAAGUGAUCGGAAGUGGAGUUCGGAGCGGAAAUGCAAUGCUCCCUCUCGCCGCCGAAGUCGAGUUCCAACUGGCUCGAUCGCCUCCACGCCUCCAAGGGCUUCUCCAUCUCCGCCGAUCUCGACCUCGACCGCUUCCUCGCCUCCUCCUCCUCCGACCCUGACCCCAACCCCAAUCCCAACCCCAACCCUAACCCUAACCCUAACCCUAACCCUAACCCUCCUUCUCCCCGCAACGCGACCCUCCCCGACCCCCCCACCAAGCGGCGGCGGCGGCGGCGCCCAGCCCCCGCCGCGAACCCUCCGCUCUUCGAUCUCAUGAGCAGCGUCCUCGCGGAGCUCUUCGUCAUGGCAGGACCAUCGCCGUCGCAGGCGAUCGGAACCCCAGGGGAGAGAAGGAAGAAGAAGAAGAAGAGCUCUCGCAAGCAGGCGAACCCUAAGGCUUGCCCUCCGUCGGCGUCGGCCAGCGCGGCCGCCGAUGGCGCCGCCUGUGGCGGUGCUCCGUCUAGCGCCGACAACAGCGUGGCGGAGGAGGCCACGAAGGGUUUGAAGAAGAAGAGGGCCGCGGCCGAGGGGCCGUCGAAGGAUUCAGAUCUCGCCGGGUAUCGGAGGACGGAUGUGACGGUGAUCGAUACGAGCUCGCCGGGGUGGAAAUCGGUGAAGCUUAUAUACAGGAAGGGGAAGGAGUGGAAGGUGCGGGUGAAGAAGCAUUGGAAUGCAUGUCAGAAGAAGAAGAGGACGGUGGGGUUGGUCGGCGAGAAAGGGAAGGAGCAAUCGAAGCUCGGAUCGAAGGUGCUGGAUCUUAAGGAGUUUUCCGCAUCCUUGGAUCAACUGAGGGAUCAGGAAAAUGUUCGUGCCAAAGAUGGAGACACCUUAAAAGUCUCAGACGAUCGAACACGAAUCCCUGUGAAGAGGCCAAAAUUUUCUAGAUCACCGCGGUUAUCGGCAGUUAAAAAGUCGUCUCUUCUCCGUAUGCAAGUUGUUCCUGUGGGGAAGAACAGCGCGGCAUCCUUCAAUAAAGGCCCUCACAAGGGAUAAACGCCGCUUCGAAGUCCUCCUUUUCUGCGAUUGAAACCUCGUAGAUUUCGUCUGAAGGGGGGUGGCGAGGUUCAAUUUGAAGUGCUUUAUUUAAAGUUUUCCGGUGGAAACUGGAGAGAUAGGAUUUGAAAGCGAGGUUCAACUCGAAGUGCUUUAUUUAGUUUUGCCUUGGAGAGGAUGAGAAUGUGAAAUUCGUUCUCUAUUUUGGCCCUGACACUCUCUCCAAAUCGCCAGCAGAAAAAUGAGGAGAAAACCCCAUUCGCCUCCGGCAUUGGUAAUUGUAAGUAUACCCGUGCCGGAUACAAUACAUUGAGGUUGGUAAUUGUAAAGGCUCAUGCAUGCCUCUACUUUUCUGUUUGGAUCAGUUUCUUAAUUUAAAUUCUUUUAUUUUCUUCGCUAUUCGUUUUUGAGCCAUCAAACUAUUAAGUUUCCACCUUUGAUUGCAACAACCAAGAUAAGCUCCAGGGUCCCUGUAGUUAUUGUGACCUGGUUCUGGUAUUAUUGUUUCACUUAAAUGCUUUAGUACUAGUAAUUUUUACGUUGUACUGGUUCAAACCCUCGUAUGGAGGAUGGGAAAGUGAGAGAGUGCAGUUACUGUGUACGAGUAACGCUGAAUUUCUUUUCAAUGUACGGAGCCCUUUUUUUUAGGUCAUCA